GGAACACACGGCCGAGCCAUGGCAGCCCUCCUGAGACCUGCCCGCUGGUUCCUCGGGGCCGGGGCCACCCUGCGCCUCCCGCUCUCCCUGCGCCUCCCCUCGGGCGGCCCGGGACGGACGGCCGCUCGCUCCCGGCCCGUGGCGGGAGAGCUCCUAAGCCAAGCCAGGCUGUACGCCAUUGCUGCUGAGAGAAAGAAGGAUCUUCAGGAGGAGCUUGUGUCUCCUAGAAGGAGCAGCAGUCAGUUUGAUUGGGCUCUGAUGAGACUGGAGAACUCUGUCCGCAGAACCGGCCGCAUUACAAAGGGGCUCCUGCAAAAAGUCUUUGAGAGCACGUGUCACUCAGGAAGCCCGAGUGGCAGUCAGGCCUUGCUUCUCUUGCGUAGCUGUGGUUCUCUGUUGCCUGAGCUGAGCCUUGCAGAGAGAACAGAAUUCGCUCACAAGAUCUGGGACAAACUUCAGAAGUUAGGUGCUGUGUAUGAUGUCAGUCACUAUAAUGCUUUACUUAAAGUCUACCUUCAAAAUGAACAUAAAUUCUCACCUACUGAUUUCCUGGCAAAAAUGGAGGAAGCAAACAUUCAACCAAAUCGAGUGACAUACCAGAGGCUGAUUGCUGCUUAUUGUGACUCAGGAGACAUCGAAGGUGCCAGCAAAAUUCUUGGCUUUAUGAAAGCCAAAGACCUUCCAGUCACAGAGGCGGUGUUCAGUGCUCUUGUCACAGGGCAUGCCAGAGCUGGAGAUAUGGAGAAUGCAGAAAAUAUUCUCACAGUGAUGAAAGAGGCUGGAAUUGACCCUGGCUCAGACACAUACUUAGCAUUAUUGAAGGCAUAUGCUGAGAAGGGUGACAUUGACCAUGUUAAGCAGACUUUGGAGAAGGUGGAGAAGUCUGAUCAUUACCUUAUGGACCGUGAUUUAUUACAAAUUAUUGUCAGCUUUAGUAAAGCUGGAUAUCCUCAGUAUGUCUCUGAAAUUUUGGAAAAGAUUACCUAUGAGAGAAGAUAUAUUCCAGAUGCAAUGAACCUCAUUUUGCUUUUAGUUACUGAGAAACUGGAAGACAUAGCAUUGCAGAUUUUAUUAGCAUGUCCUGUGUCAAAGGAAGAGAAUGAGAACAACUUUGGCGGCUUCUUUUUACAGCACUGCAUCUCCAUGGGCACGCCCGCGGACAAGCUGAUUGGCUACUGUAAGCAGCUGAAGGAGGUGAAGAUGCACUGCGCUCCCCUGCAGUCGGCGCUCCACUCUGCUUUGCUGGCCCACAGAACCGAUUUGGCGAAAGCUCUAAUGGAGGCUUUAAAAGAAGAAGGUUUUCCUGUCAGAACUCACUAUUUCUGGCCAUUGUUAGUCCAACAUCAGAAGGAGAAAAAUGUUCAAGGCAUAAUUGACCUUCUCAAAGUAAUGCAUGAAAUGGGAGUGGAUCCUGAUCAGGAGACGUAUGUAAAUUAUGUGUUUCCAUGCUUUGAUAACGUGAAGUCAGUACGUGGCAUUUUGCAGGAAAAUGGGUGUCUACCCGAGAGUAAUACAUUUUCUCAAGCGGAAGUGAGAAUUGAGGCUCUUAAUGGGAACUUGGACUCCAUUUUGUCAUUCUUGGAAUCGAAUACAGUUCCUUUCUCAUUUAAUUCCCUAAGAGGCAGCCUAAUUUUAGGCUUCAAGAGGUCUAUGAAUAUAGAUCUUUGGAGCAAAAUAACAGAGUUGUUGUACAAGGAUGGACGUUAUUGCCAGGAGCCUCCAGGACCAACGGAAGCUGUUGGCUAUUUUCUUUAUAACUUGAUUGACAGCAUGAGUGACUCAGAGGUACAGGCCAAGGAAGAGCAUUUGAGACAAUACUUCCAUCAGCUGAAGGAGAUGAAUGUUAAAAUUCCUGAAAACAUCUACAGAGGCAUUCGUAAUCUGCUGGAUAGCUACCAAGUUCCUGAAUUGAUUAAGGAUGUUAAUGUACUGGUUGAAAGAGGGAAGAUAGACUCUCGAAAAACUUCGCAACUUAUGUCAUCUGAUUUGGAAUCUACACUUGAAAACCUAAAAGCUGAAAAUCAACCUGUAGGAGAUACCCUGAAGCAACUCAUUCUAGUGCUUUGUUCAGAAGAGAAUAUGCAAAAGGCCCUUGAAGUGAAAGCAAAAUAUGAAUCAGACAUGGUUAUUGGAGGCUAUGCAGCUUUGAUAAAUUUGUGCUGUCGACAUGAUAAUGCAGAAGAUGCACUGAACUUGAAACAGGAAUUUGACCGUUUGGAUCCAUCUGCUGUCCUUGACACGAACAAGUACUUGGGCCUUGUGAAAGUGUUGGGGAAGCAUGGCAAGCUCCCAGAUGCUAUUAACAUUCUAAAGGAGAUGAAAGAGAAGGAUGUUCUUAUCAAAGAUACAACAGUCUUGUCCUUUUUCCACAUCCUAAAUGGUGCUGCUUUAAGAGGUGACACUGAAGCUGUCAAACAGCUGCACGAAGCCAUCGUCAACCUGGGGUUAGCAAAGCCAUCCAUCCACAUAAGCGUCCCACUGGUCACCGUGCACCUGGAAAAGGACGAUUUACCUGCUGCUCUUGAAGCCAGUCUUGACUGCUAUAAAAAGUAUAAAGUACUACCUAGGAUGCAUGAUGUCUUAUGUAAGCUGAUAGAGAAAGGCGAGACUGACCUAAUCCAGAAAGCAAUGGACUUUGUGAGCCAAGAACAAGGUGAAAUGACAAUGCUAUACGAUCUCUUCUUUGCUUUCCUACAAACAGGAAAUUACAAAGAGGCUAGGAAGAUCAUUGAGACCCCAGGCAUAAGAGCUCGACCUACAAGACUUCAGUGGUUUUGUGACAGGUGUAUCACCAGUAAUCAGGUUGAAACUCUUGAAAAAUUAGUGGAACUAACACAGAAGCUAUUUGAGUGUGACAGAGACCAGAUGUACUACAGCCUGCUCAGACUGCACAAAUUGAACAAUGACUGGCAAAGAGCUGAUGCUGUCUGGAAUAAGAUGCAAGAAGAAAAUAUUAUUCCUCGUGAGAAGACAUUAAGGUUGUUAGCAGAAAUCCUUAGAAACGGCAAUCAGGAAGUACCAUUUGAUGUUCCUGAGUUGUGGUAUGAAGAUGAGAAACUUUCCCUGAGCCCCGCCCCCUCAGCAGAAGAGACUGAUAUGGAGAAGAGCGUGCUGAAGGCCUGCAGACUGAGGAGGAGCAAAGAUGCAUAUAAUAGCUUCCUGAAUGCAAAAAGGCAAAACAUUGUAUUUAAUAGUGAGACUUACAGCACCCUUAUAAAAUUACUGUUGGCAAAGGACGAUCUUACACAAGCAAUGCAAGUGAAGGAUUUUGCUGAGACCCACAUCAAGGGCUUCACACUGAACGAUGCUGCCAACAGCCUCCUCAUCAUCACGCAAGUUAGGCGGGAUUAUUUGAAAGUGGCUUUAACAACUCUGAAAAGAGUUUUGGAUCUAGAGCAGAUCCCUUCAAGACUAUCUGUGACGCGCCUCAUCCAGGCAUUUGCCAUGAAGGGCGACGUGCAAAGCAUAGAAGCCAUUCAGAAGAUGGUGAAUGGACUGGACUCCAUCGGGCUCUCCCAUAUGGUGUUCAUCAACAACCUCGCUUUGGCACAAAUGAAGAACAAUAACAUUGAUGCUGCCAUAGAAAAUAUUGAAAGUAUGCUUACUUCAGAGACUCAACCCGUAGAAUCUCAGUACUUUGGCUUGACUUACCUAUUCAGAAAAGUAAUAGAAGAGCAGAUAGAACCAGCACUUGAAAAGUUAAGCAUCAUGGCAGAGAGAUUGGCCAAUCAGUUUGCCGUUUACAAACCUGUCACGGAUCUCUUCCUUCAGCUUUUGGACUCAGGCAGGGCAGGUGAUGCCAGGGCUCUCCUACAGCGAUGUGGUGCCAUUGCCGAGCAAACCUCCAUUUUGUUGGUGUUCUGUCUGAGGACUUCACAGCAGCCAAACAAGGCCCCAGUUCUGAAGUCUCUGUUAGAACUGAUUCCCGAGUUAAAGGAACAGGAACAAGCAUAUGGUUGUGCCAUGAAGAGCUACGUCCUAGACAAAGAUGUCACAUCUGCUAAAGCACUGUUUGAACAUUUGUCAUCAAAGAACAGGAAACUGGAUGACCUGUUUCUAAAGCGCUAUGCAGUUUUGCUCAAGAGUGCCGGAGAGCCUGUGCCUUUCACUGAGCCCCCUGAAAGCUUUGAAUUUUAUGCAAAGCAGUUGAAGGAAGCAAAGGAGAGCUCUUCGUGAAAUGAGCGAGCGCUGCUGUGUUCUUUGUGCAUUUGUGGACCUGUGUCUAAAUGUUUCUAAGGUGUAUUUGAGAAGAAAAAAUAAACACAUAAAAAUUA